GAAAGGGAGGCUGGAUACAAACAGCAGCCGGGCUUCCAGGCAGCGACAGCCAGACACUCCGAGCGGCGCGCGCGCCCCUCUCCCCGCGCCGCACACACAUGCAGGAUGCCCGGAGAGCGCCGGGGAGUCCUGGUCCCGCUCAGCCGGAGUUCAUGACGCUGUCGGCGGCCUCGUCAUGCGUCUCUUGCCCGAGCCCAGCGCCCAGUCCCUGCGGCUCCUCUUCCUCUUCCUCUUCGUGAUGGGGGUGACCCCGUCCCCGGCGCUCACGGCCGGCUGCCCCGACAGGUGCGUGUGCGACGACCAGCUGGUGGUCCAGUGCGCCGGGCAGGAGCUCACCGCGUACCCCAACGACCUGCCGCUGGCCACCCGGCAGCUCAUCAUCUCCAACAACCGCAUCGGGGACCUCCCGGCGCUGCAGCUCAACUACCUGUCCGACCUGGUGUACCUGGACUGCAGCAACAACUCCCUGACGGAGAUCUCCGAGUCCACCUUCGGGAAUCUGCGGAAGCUCGCCUACCUGGACCUGUCGUUCAACAUGCUGCUGCAGGUCGAGGACCGGACUUUCGGGCCCCUGGCGUCGCUGGUGAUGCUGCGGCUGACGGAUAACCCGAGCCUUGGGGAGGUCCACCCGGACGCCUUCGCGGAGAACAUGGCGCUGCAGGUUCUGGACGUGAGCCGGAACAACCUGACGGCCCUGAACAUCAGCAGCCUGAUCGCGCUGCCGGCGCUGCGCUCCCUGGGGCUCAGCGGGAACCCCUGGAGCUGCGACUGUGACACGGAGGACCUCUGCCUCUGGGUGCAGAUCGAGGGCUUCAAGUUCCAAGACGAGGGCCAGACGGUGUGCCUCAACCCCCCGGAGCUGGCGGGCCAGCGGUUGGCGGAGGUCGGCAUGCAGCUGCGGGCGGACUGCCACCUGGGCCUGGGCUACUGGGACUACCUCUUCUUCGUCGCCAUCGGCUUCGUCAUCUUCUCGGCCGGCACGGUGUCGGCCUGGGUGAUGGGCGUGCUCAUGGUGCUGUACGAGCGCUACAACAAGAGGAAGAACGAGGACAUGGACAGCGACGACGAGGACAGGGGGGGAGGAGGAGGAGGAGGAGGGAACCAGGGCAACGGGGACCUGAACAAGCCCAGCAUGCAGGUGUGACGUGAGGAAGAGGAGGAAGGACCGGAAGUGAUGAGAGGACUCACAGGGAACCAACAUCUGACUGUCUCUCCGUGUUCCACAUUUAGACAUGUGCUCUUCAACAUAUGGGACAAGUGUGUGUGUGUGUGUGUGUGUGUGUGUGUGUGUGUGUGUGUGUGUGUGUGUGUGUGUGUGUGUGUGUGUGUGUGUGUGUGUGUGUGUGUGUGUGUGUGUGUGUGUGUGUGUGUGUGUGUGUGUGUGUGUGGGAGAGAGAGAGAGACAGACAGAGACAGCAAUAAGGAUGACCAUGCCUUCACUUCAGGACUACAGAAUGACCUCUGAGAUUAUUGAGAGCAAUAAUGCCCGUACACACACACACACACACACACACACACACACACCCACACCUACACACACACACACACACACACACACACACUCAUCUCAGCACAGAUACUCUCCGGAGCUGCUGGUUUCUCUCCGAGUGGGCGGCUGUACCUACAAACUAUGUGAAGUGCUCUUGAGUAACAUUCUGUAAAUUAAAAUAAUAACAAGUUGUGUUACGUGAGAAACUCGCACCCACACACACACAACUACACACACACACACACACACACACACUUAAUCCACAUAUAAAAAAGGUAUUGGGGGUCACAAAGAGAGUGAUGCCUUAUCUCUGCUACAAUAAAAAAAAGAAAAGUA